AUGCCACAACCUGACAGACGACGCAUUGACCGGCUGCAAGUGCCUGAGGACGACCUGGUCGAGAUGGAAGUUGAAAGGGUCCGGGAAAGGCGGCGCCCGGCGGCGCCCCAGGUGAUCGACCUUACAGAGGAGCCUGACAGCCCCCGGCAACAAACCCUCACUCUUCCCGACCAACCUCGAUUUAUGAGACAAGCUGCCCGGCCCGGCCCACCUCACCAUCUGCAUCGGGAUCCUCAACGAAACCAGAACCAAAACCCACGGAGGCACAUGUCGCAGAAUCAUCGAACACCCUCCCUUACUCGUAGCGAUGGCAGCCUGCUCGGCCCUGCCGGCGGGGUCCCGGUGAUCGACCUCACCGACGACUCACCUGGUCUCCCAGAACCUCGUCACAAUGCUCGGAACCAUGCACGACCACGCCAGGGCCGGCAGAGGAACCACGUGCAAGCCGAGGAGGAGCCGGCCGACUUGUUCAGACCUCUCGCACACCAGAUCCCGGGCAGACAACACAUUGGUUUUGCUCUCGUUCAGGAAUUUCGCAGAUUCAACCAUUUGUUUGGCGCCCCAGACGUCGAAGUGGAAAUCCUUGGUCACAACCCGCCGCCUCACUUGCUGCCCGUCAUGGAAAACAAUCCGUUGGCCGACAAUCCCGUGAACUUCAAUUAUCAGGCGAACGGUUUCAACCGAAAUGCAGCGCCCCCGAAGCCUGUACACGUGCCUCCCCCGGCGGCUCGGUCCGGCUUCACGCGAGCCACAGGUGAAGAUCUGGCUGUCAUCUGCCCGAGUUGUGAGCAGGAGCUCAAGUACGACCCCAAUGCCGACGAAUCUCCCCCAGCCAAGAGAGCCCGGAGUCGGAAGGACCGAGAGGAGCAUCACUUCUGGGCCAUCAAGGCCUGCGGACACGUCUACUGCAAGAACUGCUACGAACACCGCAAGUCCACCGCCAAGUCCUCGGUGAAAACGACCUUCCGCGUCGCUCCUGGCCGCAAGGUCCUCUGCGCUGUCGAUGACUGCGACUCGGAUGUCGUAAACAAGGGAUCCUGGGUUGGCAUCUUCCUGUGA